AUGCUCGACAUAGUGAACGACAACGCGCCAUCGGCAAAAUGUUACUUUACUCAUGCCAUGCUUGGCGAGCACGUGGAUGAUAAGCAGCCGCCGACCAAGAAAAAACCUUUCAACAUGAUCCUGGCCCAGCCUUUCUCCCACACUGCCGAUCUAAUACUGCCCGAUGAGGUCUAUGAAGUAGUACGAAAGGAGCUAGAUGGCACUGUAGGCGAGUUUCACUAUGCCAGAGUUUACAUGUCUCUUGGUGAAAUUAUCGAGGGCGAUUUCUUCAACCACUACAUCAAGACUGGAAACAUCUUGAUGCUCUCCGAAGGCCGCCGAGGAAUCGACAACGUCUUCUCGCUUCGUGAAGGCGUAUUGAGGCUCGAGCUUGAUCGCGUAACUUACGAAAAAUGUGGACUUGUGGGAAAGCCGAUACCGCAUGGAGGCAGGAAGCACACAAAGGAAAGGUUUGCCGUUGAACUGGAACUUCGCCGACCAUCCAUGCUGCACGGCAAAAAGGGAUUCGAGCGCAUCGUCUGGGCUUUCAAGAACGUCCUAAAUCGCUCUCUCACAUGGCUUUUCCACGAUGUCCAGAGCCCCGGCCAGCCUCCUUCGGGCCCCAUUCUUACCCACUCGCCGCAAGUCCUGACGUCACGGCCGGACCGUCUCCAUCUGCCUCAAGUAAAGACUCCUGCCUUGACCUCUGUUGCUGAUCUCUGCGACUCGGAGUACAGCACGGAGGUGCUCGAAUGGCUCGGCAUGGUCAGUCUGGAGUCGCCGCGCAUCAAUGCCACCGACGACAUCGACAGCUUUCUCAGCCGUUACGAAGUUCCCAUGCCGUACCGGUCCGAUGGAGAUGCAGAUGCGCCGGUUGUUGGGGGUGUAACGAGACUGCGGUGGCGCGGACUCGUCCCCUCGGCUUUUCUAUUACAAUUAUGGAUGUCUGUGAGGAAGGGCAUCGUCGGUGGUAAAGUGGACGGGCAAAGGGCCUGGAUGGCGCUGAGUGUCGCGGGUUUCGAGGGCGAGACGUACACUAUGCUUGGGAUCGGGCCAAGAGAUGUGUUGAGUUGGGAAUGCAAAUGA